AAGCGUUGCACCCAUUUACUUAAAUUAUGAAGAUUGGCUGGAGGAAAACAUAUUGAGUCUCAGGUCCGACAACUGCUCAACUGGUACAAGGCUGACGGCAGUCUGUUAUAAGAAGAAAAAAAAUGCACUGAUGACUGGAUCUGGCCCCAAACCCUGUCGAAUAAUGAUCAGAGAAAUUGUCAUAGUGUGCCAUCCUGUCUCUGUGUGUGUACCUGUGAACCAUAAGGUGACACUGAGUGUCCGCGCUGAGGGCACAGGCAUCCUCCACUACCAGUGGUUCAGUGAUGAUGAAAAGGAGGUGUGUGGUGGCACUGGAGCAGACUUGACAUUCACAGCUAAAAAAAGUCAGCUCUAUGUCUGUCGAGUGAAUGACCACUUUUGUAACUGCGUGUUCAGCGAGUGGGUGAAAGUGAAGGUGUUGGACAUUGAUAAAUCAGGUUUGCCAGUACACUGGCAGGGUGAGCCACACAUUGCUAUUAACCCUAAACCCCAGACAGUCCGACAAGGUACAAAACUUACUCUCCACUGCGCUGCCUUUGGAAUCCCCACGCCACACUAUCAGUGGUACAGAAAUGGACAGCCGCUACUGGACCAGACUAGUGGCACACUGCAGAUUGACCAUGCAACAGCCGAACACGGAGGUUCAUACCUGUGCUCCAUAUCAAACGUACUAGAAGAGACAUGGACUGAACCAGUCGAUGUUGACAUUGUGCAAACUGAUCAGCCCCCUUCUGCAGCAACCACAGCCACUGAUAAAGUUGCCCUACUUAUUGGCAACCUGAAUUACUCCAACCACCCUGGCUUGAUGGCCCCCAUUAUGGAUGUACAUGAGCUGGCCAACCUCCUGCAGCAACUUGGCUUCAGAGUGGUUUCUCUGCUGGAUUUAACAAGGGAGGAGAUGCUGGCCGCUAUUGACAAGUUCAUUCAGCUCCUUGACAGAGGAGUUUAUGGCCUUUUCUACUAUGCGGGUCAUGGGUAUGAGCGUGCUGGAAGAAAUUACUUGGUAGCUGUUGAUGCUCCACAACCGUACCGACCUGAAAACUGUGUCUGUGUGCAGAGGAUCGUUCUCAGCAUGCAGCAAAGACACACUGCGCUGAGUGUAAUCCUACUGGACACCUGUAGAAAAUGGUACAACCAGGAUUGCAUACCUUCAUACAUCAUGCCAUUGGGACCCAGUGGGAACACAGUUUACGGUUAUGCCACAUGUGAAGAUGCUGAGGCUUUUGAGGUCCAGGACGGAGGGAAAAGUACUGGAAUCUUCACUAAGUACUUGAAUGAGCACAUCCUACAGUUCGAGAAAGUCACACAUGUGUUAGAGAAGGUGUCUGAGGAUCUGGGCAGAGAUCCUUUAGUCACAGGCAAGCAGGUGGUGGAGAUCAAACACACCCUGAAAGAACCUCGAUCCCUUGCAGAUCCAGUUCGGACCACCGGCCACACAAGGGAACUACACCUGAGAGAUGCCUGUUGGAGACAAGCAAAUGAGCUACCACGGAGGAAGCGGCUGGUGUUCCUAUGCCGAGUAGAAGUGGAAGUCAGCUUCUCAGCUUUGUUCUCUAAUGUCUUGGUGGUGUUUGCCACUGUAAAGACACCAGGCCCCCGAACCCAGGACUGCACCGUCACUCUGAGUAGCAUGCCUCCAAUGGAAGACAUAUUUUCCGGCCCCGGCAGGUCAGAGGAGAUGGACUCUCUACUAUUUAAUAAAACUGAUAACCCAGACUGUACUCUGCGACUGUGUGCUCUUCAAAAGCUUACGGAAUCGCUGGUCAUCAAGGUGGAUCUACACUAUACUCACAUGGACAGUAAGCUGCGCCAGACAGAAAGCCAACAGAUGGACAUAGGAAAGCCUCUAAUGGCAUCCUGUAAACUGUACAGGAGGAAUCAUGCAUCAACAGCCAAGAAACAAGAAGGUGCUCCUGCUCAAAGUAUGGGCAACAUUUCAAGCAGCAAACCACCACUGCAACAGACUCCGGCUGGUCCAUGUCGUCCUUUCACCAGAAAGGCAGUGUGUGCUGCUAAAGUUGCAUUUCCAAGGAGCAACGAACCUGAAGAGAACGAUGAAAAUGAACUGCAAGACUUCACUCUUCGACAUUAGACAUGUACCAGUACCUAUUAUUGUAAAUACUAGUUUGAAAACUCACUGAGGUGAUUAGUAAUCACUGUGUUGCUGAUUUUUUUUUAUUUUUUAUUUUUUAAAUUUUUGUCUGUGGUUGGUGAUGAUGAAUGAGUGCGUGAAUGACUUUGUGUUCUGUUUGCGUUACCGGCCUUCAAUUCUUAGCUCAACACUGUAGAAACAUUAACACUUACUUUCAUUAUCAAUUGUACAAUACUUUAAAACCUUACUUUUUCAUCAGUGGCAAACUGGCUAGCCUAAUUUAUCUAUUAAAGACCAUUACUGUUAAUAAUUUAUGUAAUAAAGACUACUUUAAUCACUA